CCGGGGGAUGAGCACCGUGGUGCGCAAGCCGCACGGAGGCGCGGUUGUGCAAGAGGAUGGGCGGUCCUGGCGGCUGAUCUUCGUGGAGUUCUCUCAGUCAAAGUUCUCUCAGGAUCAGAGGCGACGACAGGGGCGAAUAGCCCGGGGGGGCGGCAAUGCAUGUAUCCAGGGGCGCCGAUGAUCCAUGUCUUCAGCGAGGCAUUUUGGUUCCUGCUCAACAUCUCAAUCGGCAUCGUCACAAAGUCGCUGUUUCUGAACGAGCAGGUGUGCUUGAGAGAGUAUGGAUGCCAUAAUUUCAAGUUCCCAUUAGCGAUGACUUGCAUUCACUUGAUGACGACGCAGGUUUUUACUUACAUCCAUGUGUUCGUCAUCAGGGGGUCCGCAAAUGGGCCAGAGCUCGACUGGCCGGCACGAGUGCAGAAGGUCGUGCCCCUGGCCCUGUGCUUUGCGAUCGCCGUGGGCCUCGGGAACGUCUCCCUGAAUUAUCCAGGUACCUGCGGCAAUUUCCGCCGCCGUGCCACGGGCCACAG